AUGGCCAAACGAAUCGCCGGACUGCAGAUCAGCAAAGACGGCCACGGAUCCUCGGACGACGAGCCGUCUGCCAUGCCCAUGGCCUCUGCCGAAACCAUGGCCAAGCGUAAGAUCCUUAAACCCAAGGGUAGAUCAUUCACGCCCAAUUCCGGCCUGAGAACACCUAGCUCCGGUUUCGGCGCACCAGUAAGUGCGCCUGCGGUUUCUGAUUCGAACGCAACUCGUUCCGCUGAAAAAGACGAGAAAUUGAAGGCGUUGGCCAAUAGAUUUGUAGAAUCCGUCACUAAAGCCAACCAGAACGGUGUUCCUGACCUCCGCCAGGCAUGUGAGAAAUAUCUCGAGUAUGCGAAGCCAUUGUUUGGUGACGAUAGCUCGAAGCCGGCCUCUUUUGGUGGCUUCGGUGGCUUUGGUGCUUCGAAACAGACUCCUCCAGAAACAGCUCCAUCCACAGCUGCAGCCAAACCUAAUCCUUUCGGUAAUAUUGUGGCACUGGCUGCUGUCAAGCCUGCUGCUUCUUCUACUGCUGCUCCAGCUGCUGCUGAGCCCGCUAAGAACCCCUUUGCUGGUGUAUCCUUCUCUAAGUCAGAGACUGUGUCUUCACAACCACAACCACAGGCCCAAGUCCCAGCCAAGCCUUCUAAACAGCCAGUAACCGUAGACGUUGAUUCUGAUUCAGAGAGCGAGGAUGAAAAGCCAAAGGAUAUUAAGAUUGCAGGUCCUUCCUUUAGUCUCUCCAACAAGCCCACGAUCAAGAACCUGCCAUUUUCGUUUGGUAAGAAACCAGAACCCAAGAAGGCCGACUCCGAUUCGGAAUCCGAGAUCGAAAUCAAGGGCCCAACCUUUACAUUCAACAAGAAGAUCAGUGAUCCUGUGUUCCAGAUGAAGACAACUGAACAGGCCUCAUCUGCUCCAGCAGCUCCAUUCAGCUUCGGUGCUGCUUCUGCUGCAAGCAAGCCUGAUGCCGCUGCCUCUAAGCCCGAACAAUCUUCGACUCCAGCUUUCAAUUUCGGAAACGCCUCGAACGAAAAGCCAGUGGCUGCUGCUCCUUUCAGCUUCGGUGCUGCUUCGUCAGAAAAGCCGCCUGCAUUCUCUUUUGGCACUUCUGCUUCUAAUGUUUCGACUGGCUCGAACACCAAAGCCGACGCUCCAGCUGCCUUCUCAUUUGGUGCUGCCAAACCAUCCAACGAGUCAUCCUCCAAAGCUCCAAUGUUUGGUCAACCCGCUCAAUCUUCUGAAACGGAAAAGCCCAAGCCAUUUUCUUUUGGGGCUCCCUCUGAGAGUAAAACACCAACCUUUAACUUUGGCUCAACAGACUCGAAGCCUGCUUCCUCUGAGAGUAAGACUCCCGCUUUUAAUUUUGGAUCGACGGACUCAAAGCCUGCUUCCUCUGAGACCAAGGCUCCCGCUUUCAACUUCGGAGCUUCAGAUUCCAAGUCCACUCCAUUCCUGUUUGGCAGCUCUGCUACCGAUAGCAAACCUGCAUUCCUGUUUGGUAAUAGCGCCAAACCCGCUGCAUUUUCUUUUGGCCAGCCAGCCGCUACUCCUUCUAGUACUACUGUAGCUGCAAAGACCGAUAAAGACGGUGAGGAAGCAGAGGCCGAAGCAGAGGUUGACAUCAAAUUUGCACCUGUCGCGUCAUUGGGAGACAAGAAAAUCGACACCACUACCGGUGAAGAAAAUGAGACUGUUGUCUUGGAGCAAAGAGCCAAGCUCAUGCUUUUUGACUCUGCAAACACAGCUGAGCCCUAUAAGAACAUGGGCGUUGGUGAUUUGAAGGUGUUGAAGUCGAAGGAAGGAUCAAGCUCCAGAAUCUUGUUGCGCGCCGAUGGAGCUCUUAGAGUUCUUCUCAAUGCUGGCUUGGCUAAAGCAAUCGAAUACAAAACCAUGGGCAAUGGCUCGCUUGUCCGCGUCCCCGUUGCUGGAUCCGAUGGGAAAAUCACUACGUAUGUUCUCAAGGUCAAAACCGCAGCUGACGGUGAGAAUCUCGCAAAAAUCUUGAACGAGACCAAAAACUAA